GAGGAAGAGGGAGUAAGAGGACGGGGGGCAUCACUCUUAACUGGGGGGUCUUAUUACCCGAACGCGAAGACGAAUCUCCACCGGAGCUGGUUGUAACCUCUACGGCAGCGCUAAAAUCGCAAUCGACGGUGAUGGACGAGGAUGAAUGUCGGGACGACUUCAGGAAAUUGUCGGAUGAAGAGCUCAAGGUUAAGAUUGCGAGAAUGAAUUGUAUUCUAUCUAACGGUGCCGCCAAAAAUCUGGGUGAUGGUGGUGAGAAGCUUAGAUUACGUAUCAACCGGCUCGAGGAUGAACAGGAGCGGAGGAAACGUGAGCUCCAGCAUAAGGACAUCGAUGAAGGAAAAGAGCAUACUCACAACUCUGCAGGUGUAUCUACUGGCUUCAAGCAAUCAGCUCCAUCAUCUUCCACACCACCUUCACAAUCUUCAUUUGCUUCCCGUUUUACAAAGAACAUAAAAACAACAGGAAACCAUAUUGCCUUUGAACAAGAAAUGUAUACUAUGAAUCCCUGUGUCAAUAGAGAGACACACAAAAGGCAGAUUUCACCAAGGAGAAGACAAGAGAGAGGGCUCUCUUCUCGUAAAGCACAUAGUCUGCAGCUAUCAAAUGCUGGUUCAAAAAGAAGUAUUUCUUCUGCUACUUCGCUCUCUGAGGGACUCUUCUAUGGCAGUGUUACAAAGAAAAAUUCUUCUGAUGUCCAAUGCUCAGAUGGUCCAAGCUGUAAAAAUGGUGAGACAGUUGUUCUUCUGGAUGAAGAGGAGCAUGAGGCUGAACAGAUGGACCAAUUAGACUUUAUGGAUGAAUGCACAAAAGAUAUGAAGCUAUACUAUCCUUCUAGAGAUGACCCAGAUCCAAUUCAGCUUUGCUAUUCAGACAUGGAUUGCCUUGCUCCUGAAGUUUAUUUGUCAUCAACUAUGAUGAACUUUUACAUCAGAUAUCUGCAGCAGACAAGGUCUCUACUAGAUAAUGGAGGAUGCAACUAUCAUUUUUUCAAUACAUAUUUUUAUAGCAAGCUUAAAGAGGCUGUGCUGAAAAAGAAUGACAGGGAGUCUUCCUUUGUAAAGUUAAGAAGAUGGUGGAAAGGCAUAAAUCUAUUUGAGAAAGCAUACAUAUUUUUACCAAUUCAUGAAAGUCUUCACUGGAGCUUGGUAAUUAUCUGCAUACCAGAUAAGGAGGAUGAAUGUGGACCCAUCAUACUUCAUUUAGAUUCAUUAACGUUGCAUUAUAGCAAGCCAAUUUUCAGUAACACUAAGAGAUUUUUAGUAGAAGAGUGGAAAAUCUUGAAAGAUGAAGGACAAUGUUUACCCAUUGCAGAUAACGUAUGGAAUAUGCUCCCUUCUAGGAUUGAGAACGAAGAAAUUGAGGUUCCUCAACAAAAGAAUGACUAUGACUGCGGUCCUUUUGUGCUUUUCUUUAUUGAACGAUUCAUCCGUGAAGUUCCUGAAAGACUGAAAAGGAAGGAUCUAGCGAUGUUUGGAAAGGAUUGGUUUAAGCCUCAAGAAGCUUCUAAGUUGAGGCGAAGACUCAAAAGCUUACUUGCGGAGGAAUUCAGAAAAGCUGCUAAGGAACUGAAGAAACAAGAAUGCGAAGCCAUUGUCUAACAUUCUUUGGAUCCUAAGCCUCUUCCCAUCUACAAACAGGUUUUAACACAGGUAGAUAAUCGGUAGCUGUUUGUGGACAUGUGGUUCGCCUUGGAUGGCAACACCAUGGAUACACUAAUAAACUGGAGACUUUUGGAGUUGCUGUAUAUAGGACUGACAUUUUUGGACCAUAAACGGCAAAGAAUUGGAAUAUAUGCCGUCUGUCCAUUCCCUGAAGGUAAAUAUAACUGAGAUAUGAAGGGGGUCUAAUUGUGAUCACUUAUCAGUAUAUGCUCUCUUUUAGUCGAAUAGCUGACUAGGCCAUUGUUUAACACCCAAGCAUCCUUCUUAUGGACGUUUGUUUACUAUUGGACAUAUGUAAGAUUCGUUUUUCGGACAAUCUAGUUGUAUACUUGUAUAUGCUAAAUCUGCC